AUUUGUUUCACAAUAUAGUAAUUCCCUCCCAAAACAAAACCAAAAAAAAAAUAAUAAUAACAAAUUUAAAUAAAAGACUAAAAAAGAAAAAUGGGAAUAAUUAAGGUGGGUGAGGGAAGAGGCAGUGCAGUCGGAAGAGCCGUCGUUGUUGCCGCCGUUAUCGGGUUGGUUAUGAUGUCUCAGUUCGAAAGCGUGGAGGCAGUCGUUUACGUUGUCGGCGAUUCCCGUGGAUGGACUUUUAACGUCCAAGAUUGGCCCAAAGGAAAACGUUUUCGUGCUGGCGAUAUUCUCAAGUUUAAUUACAACCCGACAUUUCAUAACGUGGUGGUGGUGAACCAAGUUGGGUACGCCAGCUGCAGAACUCCGGCGGGUGCGAAAGUGUACAAAUCCGGCAGCGAUCAGAUAAAGUUACCCAAAGGAAAAAGCUUUUUCAUCUGCAACUUCCCCGGCCACUGUGAGUCCGGCAUGAAGAUUGCCGUCGAUGCUCUCUAAAAUUACUUCCCAACGACGAACCCUACCCUUACUCACUUUAUUUACUGCUGUUAAAAUAAAAAGUAAAACUCUGUCGUCCUUUAUUUAUAAUUCAUAUAUUGUGCGUCUUUUGCUUUUUCUAUGCCAACUGUCGUUUCUUUCCUCCACCACAUAAGAUUUUUCUUGUUUUUUUUCCUUUAAUUUUUCUGUAUGUGUUCGAUUUUAGCAAAAUAUUCGAAUUAUUAUAUACCUAAUAAAUUCAAGAAAGUGAUGCACUCCAAA